UAAAUGAACAAUUUUGUGUCCGAACUCGAAACAUAUAUUUUAAAAAGUGUGUGAUAAUAUUUUGACUUAAGUGCUACGUGUUAAAUUGAACUGAAACAAUACGUGAGAACAAGCGUUACCGUUUGGAAGUUGGGAUAAAACUUCUUUUGUGUUUAACUUUUUUGGAGCAACAUGUUGAAGCUAUAGUGACAUUCAAAAUUCGAUAAAUAAAAUAUGGCGGGAUAGUGUGUUACUAUGGCAACCACCAUGGCGACUGCAUCGCAUGACUUGUAUCUUCAUGAUGGGGAAAUACGACCUCAACAUUCUAGAGAAAGCUCCCGAGAUUCUGGAAUCUUCCACACUACGAAGGGUCUAUGGAAUGCUCCUGGCCAAAAUAAUUGUUUCUUAAAUAGUGCUGUACAGGUGUUAUGGCAUCUGGAUAUCUUCCGGAGAAGCUUUCGCGAGUUGACCGGCCACGCUUGCCUCGGCCCAUCCUGCAUUUUUUGCGCCCUCAAGGAGUUAUUCGCGCAGCUGCAAUGGUCGGCAGAGCGUGCGCCUGCCGCCGACAGCCUAAGGCGGGCUCUCGGGGGCGGAGGCGCCAGAUUCCAGCUGGGUUGCAUGGCAGAUGCCAGCGAAUGUUUCGAGCACCUUCUACUGAGGGUGCAUGCCCAUGUUGCGGCUGGUUCUGGGGAUAAGAGAGACGAUGACGCAUGUAGAGCCCCUCACUGCGUGCCGCACAGAAAAUUCGCCAUGAUGCUGGUGGAACAGUCAGUGUGUGGCGCUUGCCAGGCCACGUCUGAACCGCUGCCCUUUACUCAGAUGGUUCACUAUGUAUCAGCCACUGCUCUAACAGCACAAGCAGCGCUAGGUGAACACGGCGAUAGCUUUGGGCUGCUACUGAAAAAGGCCGGUGGUAUGGGAGACAUAAGAGACUGCCCUAACGCAUGUGGCGCGAAGAUCCAAAUAUGCAGGACACUCAUGAACCGGCCUGAAGUAGUGUCCAUUGGAAUGGUGUGGGACUCGGAGCGGCCGUCGGCGGAGCACGUGGCGGCGGUGUACGCGGCGCUGGGCACGGAGCUGCGGCCCACCGACGCGUUCCACGCGUGCGUGGACCGCGCCUGGGCCGCGCGCGCCACGCACCGCCUCGUCGGCCUCGUCACAUACUACGGCAAACACUACUCCACCUUCUUCUUCCAUAGCAAACUCCGGCUCUGGAUAUACUUCGACGACGCAGACGUCAAAGAAAUCGGCCCCGAAUGGGCCCACGUUGUGGAGAAGUGCAAGAGGGGACGGUUCCAACCCCUGCUGCUACUCUACGCCGCCGUGGACGGGACGCCCUGUGACACUCGCCACGCGCCUAAAGAUGUCGUGCCGUUCCCGGCUCCAGAGCCCAGAAGAGCCGUCACUCCGGCUCCAGAGAAGCCGACGAACGGUUUCGCCAGGCGGGCAAUGACUCCGGGCCCCGAUAAUGAAAACGACUACGUCAGUAGAAAGGCUGUAGAAAAUAUGCUCGAAGUGCAAGCCAGUCGGCGAGCUCAGUUAGCUCGGAGUCUAAGUACUAGUUCCGCGUCUGACACGCAAGAACGGCCGCGAGCUAGAAGAGAUUCUGGCAACUGGAGUGGCGAUAGAAAUAGUGCUUCGUCUGCGUCAUCGUCGACUAUAGAAAGUCCAUUUAUGUAUCCAAGAGGCCGGGGUCCUGGAAGUAUACCCAGCAGUCCCACAAGAAAAGGAGAAUUAUCGAGCGGUGGAUCUUGCGAUGCCGGGUACGAUUCUUAUUCCCUUUCCUCGACGGACAGUCUUCCCUUACAACAAGGCUUGAGACACAACUUGCAACUUGCACAAAUACCUGAAUUAACAACUCGUGGGGAUUGUGAAGCUCUGUGCCUAGAAGCCGACAGAUUGUUGGAAAAAUCACGUCAUGCUGAAGAUGCCGCUGACUAUGAGACUGCAUUAGUAUUGUGCGAUGCCGCUGCCUCAAAAGUAUGCGCAGCUAUGGAUGCCCCAUACAAUAAUCCGCAUACAAUGACAUUUGCAAGAAUGAAACAUAACACAUGCGUAAUGCGAGCACGAAGUCUGCAAAGAAGAAUGGCUGGUUUCAAUAGGGUAACUGAAAUUCCUCAACUUGCUCCCGUUCGUAAUACAAAAGGUGGUCUCGAAACUGCCCCGACAACAAUCGAAAUUUAUGCCACACUUCCAAAGAAAAAGGGCUCUUCGAAAAAAUCAAAAAACAUAGAAGAUGAUAUAGAUAAUCCACCACGAGAAAGACCUCCGCGACACAAAUCUCGCGAUGAUGAUAAAGGAAGAGACAAACGAUCCAGAAGUGAAGAUCGUGGACGUGCAAGAAAAGAAAUUACUAUUGCUCCUGAGAAAAAAGAGGAACCAGUAGAAGAUAAGAAAUCAAGCAAGAAACAACAUAAAAUACGGCGUAAAUUACUAAUGGGAGGUUUAAUACGAAGAAAAAAUAGAUCUAUGCCCGAUUUGACUGAAGGGGCCGAUGUUAAUAAGACAGACACAGGUAAAGAGAAGCGUGUUGCAUCUGUCGAUGAUGGUGAUGUGGGCAGAAAAAAGACAGAUGAUAAAAAUAACCUCAGCGGUUAUCUAUCGGAAGGACAUCUGGAGUACUCAGCACCUAGUGGAACUAAUCCCAACCUUGAAAGAAGCAAGCUAAUGAGGAAAAGUUUCCACGGCAGUGCGGGUAAAAUGUUAACUGCUGCUAAAGUUCCUCCUCCACCGCCGCUGCGAACAACUUCCCAGCUUAGCGGGCCUAAGUUUGAAUCAGAAGUCACAGAGCACGGCAUACAAAACCGUCCUCAACAACCACUGCCACCCCCAUCACACAACGAAUAUAACUAUGCACAUGAUAAUGAUGAAGAUGGAGGUUUCUCGGAGCAAUACGGAGAGGAACCACAAUCAUUACCAUUUAUGCCUUCCUAUGACAACAAUCCCGCUAAUCAUUACAAUACAUUAGACGAUUCUCCUAAUACUUCUCAAAAUUUUCAUACUGUUGUUACGCAAGCUAUGGUACACCAAGAACAAAGUCCUGUUAAAAGGGAUUUGACUAAAAUAUUGGAUAUACUCCCAUCGCAUCACAAUAUUCAAAAUCUCACAAAUUCAUUCGAUAAUGGAAUUGAUGUAGUUGAUUGUGCCAUGCCACAAAACAUAAGAAGAUCUCCUUUAAACUUCGAGUUACCUCCAUACCCCAGCCCCAUGAAUUCGGUAAAUCAUUCAAGGCAACCUAGUGAAGAAUUUCCUCCUCCACCACCACCUAUAGAUUUAACUCCAUUACAAGAAGAGCUUAACAAAUUAAAUCAAAACACAAACAUGGAUCUCAAUUAUAUUCAUAGAUUUGAAAGUGACCAGGAAAAUGUUCCUAAGGGAUCACUGCUAGCACAAUUACAGGAAAAGCGGAGUCAAAUUCUUAGAAAUGAAACGAAAAUUAAUCCAUUGGAUACAAUUGGUAGCGCAGGAGAUACUUGGCUUAAAGAGCUCCAGGCGAAACAAGCAGCGCUAAAGUUAAAGCGAUCUGGAUCUCUUGAAGGGCAACUAUCUGCUCCAGUUGAAAACACAACAAAAGCAGUUGAUAAUAGUAGUAAUGUUCGAAAUAUAGCUUCUAGAUUCGAAAGUAACAGUCAAAAUACAUCAGUAGAUAGUGAGAGAUCUCACAUGGGAUAUUUAAAUAUGGGAUCUAACCGAGACGUCAUUAACGUUUCAAAUCUCUCUAACAGUGGAUUGUAUAAUCGUCGGUCAUCUUCAUCUUCAAAUGAUCAUAAUCAGAGUACCGAUGAAUACAAUUCCUCAAAAACUAAUAACAAUGCUAACUUUGGAGAUCGUACCAAGCCCAAAAAGAAAUCGGUAUCGUUCUGCGAUCAAGUGAUUUUAGUAGCCACAGCAGAGGAUCAGGAAGAUGACAGUUACAUUCCCAACCCUAUAUUAGAAAGAGUCCUCAAAUCGGCUAUGAAUAAACCAGAACUUACAACCGUGCCUUUGCAAAAUGAGAAACCGUCACUUCACAGGCAGGAUUCCUUCGACAGUCAAUCUUCACGCUCAACUAUAUCUUCACUCUCUCAAACAUCUUAUGUGCCCAAUGAGGCCACUGAUUACUAUAGAGCACAAAAUUCUUACCCAAAUUAUCAAGUUGCACAAACUCGACCUCAGCAGCAAUACAAUCCUCAGAAAAAUAACGCGCCGACAAAUCAAAAUAUUCAAGGAAACACACAAAUAUAUCAAGCGUUACCUGCUAAUUCUCAAAACGCUAGUAAUCCUAUUCCAUAUACUCAGCCACCAUCGGUAUACUCAAACAAUACUACUGCAAGCCCACCGAGUUUCAGUCAAAAUCCUGCGAACAGAUUAACGCCUACUGUUCAUAACACUCCAUAUAUGACCAAGCAUGUUCAGAACAUACAGAGGCCCGUUCCAAAUACAUACCCACACCCACCGAGCCAGUUACAUCCAGCUAACCAACCAACGAAUAAUACGUACUACCAUCGAUUGCCUCAACACUCUGCUACUCCGACCCCGACUCAGAAUUAUGGACAAAAUCGUCAGUACAACCAAAACCCACAAAACAAUACCGCACCUUAUCAAAGCGUGCCCACCAACUCACCGGCUUAUCAGAGCUAUCACAACCCACCGACAAGUUACGCUAAUUCUGAUUAUUCUAGUCGUUAUCCACAAACUAAUAGUACAAAUCAUUAUAACAUCCAUUCGCCAUACCAGAGGGUUCCACCGCCUCAUGGAGAUGUUCCUGUUGAGACUUACAAUAACAAUAAUUAUCAAAAAAUCCCAAAUAACUACUACCACGAUAAUAAUUCAAAUCAAACACGUAUUGAUGCGAGGAAUUUCGGAAAUCAGCGUCCUCCCUACAUCGCUGACAAUAACUCCAACGAGCAAUUGAGUCAAUACCAGAAUGGGUAUCAACAAAACGGCUAUAACCCAUAUCAACAUUUACCACCGCCCAAGCAAAUUCAAAAGAAGUCUGUAUCCUUUGAGCCAGGUACUAAGGGUGGCACAGAUUCACCAAUACCGCCACAAAUGAAUGGCAAUUAUUCCAGCGAUAGUCAACCUAAUACGUUAUCUAGCGCGCAAAAAAUAGUUUGUAAUUUAUGCCGGAAGAAAACUGUGAACCCGCCCGCAACGUAUUGUCCUGAUUGCGACUUUUACAUGUCACGAUUCAAACCUCGCUCAUAGCAAUGAGAUAAUCUAAACAAAAACGGAAUGCCACCGAAUAGAAACUAAAUUUUAAGUGUAGUUUGUUAAUUGUAAAUAAUAUUAUUAAGUUAUGACUGAUCUCACUGGAGAAUGUAAUCGAUAUUUGAGUAUAUAACAAUUAAACACCGAUUAUUCAUGUAGAAAGUUAUGAAUCGUAAAUAUUUUAUUGCUUUUUUUUUAUCUCUAAAUAUAUGAAUUUAUAAAUAUGU